AUGACUACUGGAGAGAUGACGCUCGCAGAAAUGAAGGCAGCCUACGAGCAAGCCCAAGCAGAGCUGGCCCAAGAAAGGGCAUCCAUUGAAAACUUGCAAAAAGAGCUCGAUUCUGUGAAGAGCUCAAGAUACCAGUCGCGUUACAAGGCUGGUGGGAAGCCGAGGAAGCUGACAUUCGAGAUGCCCGACGAUUUCGAAGAUCUGACCGACGACGAGGAGCCCCGAGAUGAGGAAGACGGAUCGACCCCAGACCCGGUGACCCAGCGCCUGAACAAGAUGGAUGCACGCAUGACAAAGCAUUACUCUCGCCUGAUGAAGCUGAUGAUCAAGCUACCCGGAGCACCCACACCAGUAGAGACCGAACCAACCGACAGGUAUGCGGCAUCACCAUUUUGUGAAGCGAUCGCCAGAGUAACGGUUCCGCACACACUUCGACUCCCUACCUGGACCACCCUGUAUGAUGGAACGUCUGAUCCCUACCGGCACGUCAACUUCUACAAGCAGCGCAUGUGGCAGAUCGGAAUCCCAUUCGAUUUGGUCGAGCCUGUCAUGUGCAAAUCGUUCGGCGGUACCCUUGAUGGAGCAGCUCUGGAAUGGCUCAUGAACGUCGCCCCCGGAUCCAUCUCCUGCCUGUCCGACCUAAUCAACGCUUUUUAUCAGCAGUUCGCCAGCAGUCGCCAAUUGGAGAAGCAAACCAGUGACCUCUAUCGGUUGGUUCAAGGACCAACCGAGUCGGUACGCGAUUACUUUAACCGCUUUAAUUGUGAAAAAAUUAGUAUAAAAAACUGUGAUGUCAGGACAGCUAUCGAGGCAUUCAAAAGAGGUCUCAUCCCCAACUCGGAGCUGUACCGGGAAAUAACCAAAUACCCCUGUGCAACCUUCGAGGAGGUGCGAUCGAGAGCCACCGCCCAAAUGCGGAUUGAAGACGACGAGGUCAUCCGGACGGCGUCCCAACGCUCAACAGGGGGCAGCAGCGACAGGAGAUCAUACACCCCAAGGAGUAGCAGCUGGCGACACCAGCCGUAUAACCGGCAGAACCAGGUACAAAAUGUCAAUCAAUACGAUGACGCUAACAAUGUUUACAGGAAUGAACGGGUCGUUUAUCCCCCCAUCCCCGAAUAUGGCUUCAACGUCGACAUCGGAGGCGUGGUGAACGCCCUUCAAAAUGUAGGUGGUACCGUCAGAUGGCCUAAGAAGAGCGACAGACCAGACUCCAUGAAGGACAUGAGCAAGUGGUGCGACUUCCACCGCGACAAUGGCCACACAACCGAGGAAUGCAUCUCCCUCAAAAAGGAGGUAGCAUAUCUAUUGAAAAGAGGACACCUGAAAAAGCUGCUGAGCGACAAAGGGAAGGAGACGUACAACAAGGACAGCAACACCCAACCCAGCCCAACACCAAGCGGCGACCGACCGGCCCCGCCCAUGUUCGAAAAAGUGGUAAAUGUUAUUUCUGGUGGUUCAGAUAUCUGUGGACUAACUUCUUCUGCAGCUAAAAAAAUCAACAGAGGCGAAUCUGAAGCCGUCAAAGAGGGGCAGACCGAAGAUGAAGUGGCACUCGACAAGUCAUUAGCAGCGAUGACAAUAACCUUCGACGAUUCAGUUUCAACCGACGCACAACAGGAACACCACGACGGGCUAGUCAUAUCGCUCCCAAUAGGCAACGCUCUCAUCAAAAGGAUAUUGAUCGACAACAGCAGUUCAGCAAACGUACUGUUCUUAGAGGCUCUGCAAGAAAUGGGACUGGAAGAAAAGAGUAUAAUCAGAAGGUCGACGGUCUUAGUAGGGUUCAGUGGAGAGUCGCUACGAACAGUAGGGGAGAUAUCGCUGCCUACGUACGCAGAAGGUGUUAAUGUGAUGACCAAGUUCAACGUCGUCGACUGCCCAUCAGCAUACAACGUCAUUCUAGGACGACCGUGGAUCCACAAAAUGAAAGCAGUACCAUCAACGUACCACCAAUCAAUCAAGUUUCCAACCAAAUGGGGGGUCAUAGAAAUCAAAGGACAACCAAGAGAAGCGAAGAAGUGUUAUGAAACAGCGCUGAAACCAUCAAAGUCAUCUAUCUAG